AAAUUGUUUCCCUAAAAAGAAAAGGAAAUGAAAACCAUUCUCGUCAAGCCGUCAAUAAAGCCAUUAAACAGAAAACAAACUAUGAAGAAAAAGACCGAACCUAGUGUAUUCAAUGUAACCGAAAAUGAGAAAAUCAAACUUUCUGAUCCGGAAGUAGUGUCUGACGCUGGAGAUGAUGUGGAUUGGAAGGGGAAGCAAGUGGAAGACGACAACAUUCAUGUUUUGUGGAGCGACUUCCGGGACAAUACAACGAUGCAUGGACUGAAGAACAUGAAUCUAAAACAGCGUCAUCGACUGCGCUGUUGCAUUUGGGCUUCAGCAUUGGUUGCUAUGGGCUGCUUUCUGAUCUACAUAACCUACGAACAAGUCAGCAAUUACUUCAAAUACCCUACUAUUAUCAACACGCAUGUGCAAACCGAAACAUCCGUUAAGUUUCCCGCCGUUACUUUAUGCAGCGCGUCACCAUUGAAAAAAGAAUCUCUGCCCGACAUUCUUAAUCUUGAAUACUUCUUCUUGUCACAGAGUGUUAUUGGUUGGAUGUACCCACCUUUGAAUUUGAGCAAAUCAGAAUACUCCAAGUAUCAUCUUCCGUUAAAUGCAUCCUGGGUAAAUGAUACAACCAAUCAAAUUGAAAAUCUCUUCUUGUUUUGUAAAUUUGAUGGAAAGGACAGAGAUUGUGAAAGCAGCAUGGAACCCAUUGUUACCCAAGUUGGUGUAUGCUACACUUUUAACAGUCGAAAAUACGUCAGUAAGAAUGGCAGCAUUAUGACGUCACGAACUGGAAGUACGUCAGGUUUGCUAUUGUACCUGAUUGUUAAUCAGAGCAACUAUGUGUUUAAUGACGUAAUGGCAGCAGGUGUAAAGGUGAUUAUCCACGAUCAAAAUGACGAGCCCGAUGUUAUUGACAAAGGCUUUUUCGUAUCACCUGGCUUCUCGACGUUCGCUUCGAUUUAUAAAACGGAGUAUCGAUAUUUGCCUAGUCCUUUCAAAAUGAAUGGGGACCAGUUUUGUGUGGAUACAAAAUUUCCGGAUUACAAGAAUCCACUACAUUACUAUGACGUAUACUGUAAAACCGCAUGUCGAAUGGAGUGUAAACAAAACCACGUGAUCCGACUUUGUGGAUGUCGGUCACCUAAUGAUAAAGGAAAUGAAACAAUAUGCUCCCUUGUAAAAUUAACAGAAUGUUACAAAGUUGAAACUGAGCGCUUUGACCAGAACGGAACCGCACAGGGACAGUGUCUUUGCCCCACGGAGUGUGAGUACGAUGAGUAUCAGGCACAGCUGUCCACUGGGUCUUUUCCCGCCAAAAACUAUCAGGCUGUCCUCAACCAGAUGGGUAUCAAAAACAUAAGGGAAACCUACCUGGAACUGGCGAUUUAUUAUGAGUCCCUUGGCGUUUUAAAAGUGGAGCAAAAACCAGAGUACAGCUUCGAAGAUAUUAUUGGUUUGUUGGGAGGACAGAUGGGUUUGUUUCUGGGAGCCAGCCUGCUGACUCUCACUGAACUCAUUGAGGUCAUUCUCUUGUCGUCUCUGGUGGUCGGGAGAAAAUUUUACCAUCGUAUUGUAAAGAAUUCGUAAAAUUGCAGAUACUGAAAUGGUUGCAAUGUUGUAUUUCCCAUUUAUCCCAUAAUAGUGAUGAAAAUGUAUCAUUGCAUCGUAAUUGUAUGCAACAUCGCAAAGACUGACGUAUUUACUUAACCCUUAAACAUAUUUAUUACUUUUUCAAUUGUGUAGAAUAAACAUAUGA